CAACCCCGCCCUACAAAAUAUAAAAAUGUAAAACCCCAAAUGACCAAAAAGGGUUGCAUUCCAAAAUUCCAUUAUGAUUGAAUUUUUCAAUGCCCUCUGUUUCUGUCCGUUGAUCUCCAAAACCAUUAAACCACAACAAACAAAGACCUUCUGGUUCUUCCCCAGACAGCCCAAAAAGGUCCCAACUUUCUUCGUUCCCCCAAAACCAAUGUGCUGCUCUUAGCUCAUAGACUCAUCCCAGUACAACCCACCUAAAACCUAUUUCCUGAAAUACCCAAAAGCACAAAGCUUUAAACAAUAGACGAGGAAAAAGAAUACCACCCAACAAACCCAACUUUGGUUUUUUUGGAAUUUGGAAUUUGGAAUAUACCUUCACUUGUCCAAUUGCCCACGAAUUCAACGCGUGUGUAAUUCAAUUGGGCUGUGAAAAGCAGAAGAACGAAUCCGGAGAAAUCCCAUUUCAGCACAAUCUGAUCCCUUCUUCCUUUCUUGACUCUGGGUUUUGUCAGAUCUGAAAAUCCAACAAAACCCAUUUGGGGUGUUGUCUAGGAUUGUUAUUUGACCACUUCACUUGGGGCCGGCGCCGGCGCCGCCAUGGAUUACGACGACUUGAGGACGAUUGUGCACACCUCAGGGGUGGACGUGUUCACGUUCAUCGACGCGGCGAUCGCGGUGGCUGCGGUGGAUGAGGGCACCGAGCUCAGGCGCCGGAGAGACGGUAUCGUGGAGCGUCUCUACGGCGCCACGUGUGCUCCGCCGCUGCCGCCGCCGCGGUGCCAGAACUGCGACGGAGAUGGGAUGAACGCGAACCGGCAGCCCAAAGGAGUUUCGCCGGCGACGCCGCAGUCGGUGGAUAACAGAGACGAGGAGGAUGAGGAGGAGGAAGAGGAGUUGGAUCCCUGCGCUGGAUUGUUCGAUGAUGAGCCCAAGAAGAUUCUUGAUAUCAAGAAGCAGCUUGAGGAUCCUGAUCAGUCUGAGGAUUCUCUGGUUGAAUUGCUUCAAAGCCUAGUUGACAUGGAUAUAUCAUUCCAAGACCUCAAGGAUACUGAUAUUGGGAGGCAAGUGAGUCAAUUACGCAAGCAACAUCAAGGCGAGGUUGUUCGGAAAUUGGCGAAGCAACUUGUCAGGAAAUGGAAAGGUAUUGUGGAUGAAUGGGUGAAGUUACAUGGAGAAGAGCCAACUAAUUCAGUCAUGGUUGACGGAGACUCACCACAGCAGAAAAUUCACCAGAAUGGUCAUCACCAGGUGCCUGAUUUUGGUUACUCCCCAAAUCCUCAUAAUGGGAGUUCCGGGUCAGACAAGAACAAUUCAGAACCAGAACGCAAGCCCAAGGUGAUUCCUAGGAGAGAAGUUCCACCAAAACCAAUCCAAUCUGUGUCUGCUGCUCAAAAUAGACAGAGAGAACAGAGGGAAAGAAAUUUUGACGCUGACGAUAAACUGGCUUCAGCACGAAAACGACUUCAAGCGAAUUACAAAGAAGCUGAGAAUGCCAAAAGGCAAAGAACAAUUCAAGUGAUGGACAUCCAUGAGAUACCAAAACCAAAGAACUCCUUCAUCGCCAAGAACAAAGGCGGCGGAGGUAGCGGUUCUCACCAGGGCAGGCAUUGGUGAUUGAUCGUCUGAAAAGUUGGCAGGGGCCUCACAGAAUCCGUAUACAAAUUACAAAAGGCUCAUGGGAAUUUGGGGUGACACCCAGAAAAUGGAGUGACACUGCUUAUCCUCUCUAUCACAUUUUUUUUAUUAAGCAAAACAAGGGAAAAAAAAAAAAGACCAUUUUUGCUCUUAUUUUUUUUUUGCUUAAUAAGAAACAGAAAAUUUUCUCA